AUGGAUAAAAGAAAUGAGACUUCACACAUGGAUUUCAUCCUCCUGGGCCUCUUCCCUGGCAUGAAGCAUGUCAACUUCCUUGUCACCACCAUCCUCCUGAUCUACGCUGUAGCUCUGACUGCAAACAGCAUCCUUGUUCUCCUGAUCUGGGUGGAUCCCCACCUCCACACCCCCAUGUACUUCCUGCUCAGCCAGCUGGCUCUCAUGGACCUGACGUUAAUCUCUAGCACUGUCCCCAAGAUGGUAGCCAACUUCUUCUCGGGGAGGAAAAACAUCUCACAGGUGGCCUGUGGUACUCAGAUCUUCCUUUUUCUGACUCUUGGAAUCGCUGAGUGCAUCCUCAUCACCCUCAUGUCCUAUGACCGGUAUGUGGCCAUCUGCAACCCUCUGCGAUACAGCUUCAUCAGGAGCCAGAAGGUCUGUCUGCAGAUGGCUGCUAUCUCCUGGGCUGGGGGUGCCCUUAUAUCCCUGGCACACAUGGCUUAUUCCUUGCAUUUCCCCAUCUGUGGUUCCAGAGAGAUCCCCCAUUUCCUCUGUGAGGUCAUGGCCAUCCUAAAGUUGGUCUGUGAGGACAUCUCUGCCUAUGAGAAGGCUGUGGUGGUGACAAGCGUUGCAGUGCUCUUCAUUCCCUUGUCCCUCAUCCUGACCUCUUAUGCCCUCAUCUUCCUCACUGUCCUCCGCAUGAACUCCCCUGAGGGCAGGAACAAAGCCGUGAGCACCUGCUCCUCCCACCCGAGUGUGGUCACCCUCUACUUUGGUCCAGCCAUGCUGGUCUACAUGAGGCCCAGCUCUUACCACGGUCCCAAGCUGGACCAGGUCCUCUUUAUGCUUGGUGCCAUCCUCACCCCCACGCUGAAUCCCCUCAUCUACAGUCUUAGGAACAAGGAGGUGGUGAGCGCUCUGAAAAAGAUGCUGGGACGUUGCCUGAAUUAA